UGCCAGGAGAGCGCGCUACCGCUUGAGCCACAUCUCCGGUCCUCUACAUAUGGAUUUGAAAAAAUUUUUGAUUAUAUUUGACAUGUAAUCUCUCCCAGCAAAUAUGUAGAGUGUUUUGAGCAGAAUAAUAAUGUACUGAGCUCCACCAGUUCUCUCCUUAGUCCACUCUACUUGCCUGCUGUUCCAGCCAUGCUUCCAGAGUUCUCUCUCUGUGUCCAAAAGCAACGAAAACUGAAUAAAUCUUUAGGGUUGGUGUCAUUUGAGGAUGUGUCUGUGGACUUCACCUGGGAGGAGUGGCAGAACCUGGAUGAUGCUCAGAGGACCCUGUAUAGGGAUGUGAUGUUGGAGACCUACUACAGCCUAGUGUCACUGGGGCACUGCAUUAUAAAACCUGAGGUGAUCUUUAAGUUGGAGCAAGGAGCAGAGCCAUGGAUGGUAGGGGAACACCCAAACCAGACCCUCUCAGAUGUCCAGAAAGUGGAUGACCAAAUAGACAGGAGCCAAGAAAGCCAAGACAGACGUUUGUGGCAAGUUGUAAUCACCAACAGCAAUUCAUCAACUAAGGAGAGAGUUGAAGUAGGAAAACAAUUUAAAUUGAGCUCAAGAUUAAUUUUAAAUAAUGGGAACUAUUUAGAAAAAAGGCCUGAGGGGUUUAAUGUGCAUCAAAACAGGCUUCUCUCUGGGGAACCUGAUACAAGUAAUGUAAUCGGGAAGUCUCUCAGAUGUCCUCAGCAUCUUGGUCAGAAUCAGCAGGAGGAAUUUGAACAUUGUGGACAAGUUAAAGGCUUGAACACACAGGUGAAUGUAUUGAAAUAUGAGAGGGUUCCUAUGAGAAAUACCUGUGGAGAGAAAGACUGUGGGAAAGGCUGUGAUGGUUCAUUUUUUAUUGAUGGAGAGACUACUCAGGUGAGGAAGAAAACUUUCUACAAAAAGCCUAAAAGUCAGCAAAUACACAUAGGAGAGAGACCCUCUGAAUAUAUUAAAGAUAAGGAAACCUUCACUAGCUGUUCAGACCCUAUAAUACAUCAGAGGGCAUGUAGAGGGAAAAACCUUUAUGCAUGUAAUCACUGUGAGAAAUCUUUCAACCGUAAGUCCAACCUUGUCAUCCAUCAGCGAAUUCACACAGGGGAAAGGCCCUAUCAAUGUAAUGAAUGUGGGAGAACCUUUUCCCGGAACUGUCACCUGAGGGAGCAUCAUAAAACUCACACAGGAGAUAAACCCUACAAAUGUAAUGAGUGUGGGAAGACUUUCAAUCACAAGGUAGGCCUCACUGUACACCAGAGAACUCACACAGGUGAAAAACCCUAUGAGUGUAAAGAAUGUGGGAAAACCUUUUGCCAGAAGCCACACCUCUGUAAGCAUCAGAGAAUUCACACUGGAGAGAGACCCUAUGAAUGUAAAGAAUGUAGGAAAUCUUUCAGGGUCAAGUCAAAACUCACUGAACACCAGAGAAAUCACACAGGUGAAAAUCUCUAUAAAUGUGAAGAGUGUAGAAAAGCUUUCAACAAUAGAUCAGCCUUCAUUGUCCAUCAGAGAACUCACACAGGAGAAAGACCCUAUGAAUGUAAUGUAUGUGGGAAAACCUUUAGCCAGAAGGGAAAUCUUGGUGAACAUCAGAGAAUUCACACAGGGGAGAAGCCCUAUGAGUGUAAAGAAUGUGGAAAAGUGUUUUCCCACAGGUCCAACUACAGCAAGCACCAGUUAAGUCAUGUAAAGGAAACACCCCAAGAACAUAUGAGUGUGGGAAAAUCUCUUGCCAGGUCACAGCACCCUUAAUUUUGUAUGGUAGAGACUGGCCAAGUGUUCUCCAAAGUCCAUUUUCUUUCCUUCUGGAAACACCGUGCAUUUCUCAGUGCCCUGUUGGGGUACCAUGUAAAUAGCUCUUCAGGUAAAUAGGGACACAAGCGUUGAAUCUUAUUUCCAAGCAUGGUGCAAUAUAAAAGCUGUGCCGUCAGUCCUUCCAGAUGUCUCAUGCUCUGUGGAUCUCGUGUGAAGAUGGCCACUAAGAUGUCCUUCAGAACUUUAAAUGGGAGAAGGUAACUAUGAUUUAAGACAAAAAGAAAUGACUCACAAGAUCAGGGAUUAUCCCACUUCUAUCCUAGAACCCUUGAUUUAUACUUUAUGUGAGUGAAAAGUAAAUACUCUUUUGGGCUAUCUCAUAUGUGAUCUGUUUGCAUUACAAUAGAAACAUCUCAUUGUAGCUAAAAAUAAAUAUCUUUAAUCCAUCAGCCCUUCAAAAGCUUCCAAUAUUUUUGUACAGAAGAGAAUUUAUAAUUAUGGGAAUUAUAACUGUGUUCAGAACGCUUGACCUGCCAAUCAUAGAGACUAAUGCUUC